GCAGCAGAGAGUGUGGUGUGGGUUUGUCUCCAAGGUGCGUUGCAGCUUCUAAGUUUGAUUCAUUCUGGAGUCACGCUCCGUCGCACACACAAACACCUUAACUGCGCCGAUAUGGCACUGCCGCUAGCAAUUUUGUCGAGUCUGUUGGCUUUUGUGGGGGGACACCACCUCGGCCACUACGUGAUGGAACACCCGCAGACGUUCGUCCACCACCACGUUGAGCCGGUGCAGUACGUGUACCCCGUGAACUCUGCAUCGGUGCAGCCGUCGGCGGGGGCGUCGGCCAGCUGCACCCUGGCGCCGAGUUCGGCCGAGGGGUUGGUGCGGGGGUUGGUCACCCUGCACCAGCACCACCCGGGCGCGCCCGUCCUCGUCUCGGGCUCCGUCGAGGGCCUCAUCCCGGGCCUGCACGGCUUCCACCUGCACAGGGACGGCAGCACCGCCGACGCCUGCAAGGCCGCCGGACCCCACUUCAACCCCACAAACGCGACGCACGGAUCGCCGAACGACGAGUCUCGUCACGCCGGCGACUUUGGCAACAUCGAGGCCGACGUGAGCGGGCAGGCGGUGGUGAGUUUCGCGACGCGGGGCAUCUCGCUGGCCCCCGCGGGGGCGGCCGACUCGGUGGUGGGGCGCGCGUUCGUGGUGCACGCCAAGGCCGACGACCUCGGCCGCGGCUCGGACGCCGAGAGCCGCAAGACGGGCAACGCCGGCGCCAGGGUCGCCUGCUGCGUCGUCGCCCUGCACUAAUUAUUAAUUUAUAAUUUAUUCAAAAAUAAAUAUCGCCUUUUGUACAGAA